GGAGGUUGCUGGCAUAGAUAAAUUUUCUUAUUCCAGAUAAACUUGCUUUGUGGGUGAAUGAAUCUUGUGCUUGUUCUUUAAAGUAGUGGUACAGUCUUGGACUGCUCACCAUGGUUGGCUCCUCAAGUCAGUCAGAGUGCGAGGGGAGAAGGUCCGACAACCUUAAAAACAUUGAGAUCUUGCAUGGUGACCUGGAUUUAUGGAUCUUGGAAGCUAGAUCUCUUCCAAAUAUGGAUUUAAUGUCAGAAAGGAUGAGAAGAUGUUUCACUAUGUAUGGAUCUUGUGGAUCACCUUUUGGUAAAAGCAGAAGUGAUAAGCAUAGAAAUCGGCGCAAAAUUAUAACUAGUGAUCCUUAUGUUUCUGUUUGUCUGGCUGGUGCUACCAUAGCCCAAACACGAGUAAUUCCAAACUGUGAGGACCCAAUCUGGAAAGAACACUUCUGUGUGCCUGUUGCCCACCCUUUUUCGCAGAUUGAGUUUCAAGUCAAGGACAAUGAUGUUUUUGGAGCACAGCUUAUUGGGACAUUAGUAAUACCUGUGGAGCAAAUCUUGCCCGGAGCCACAAUUAAUGGUUGGUUUCCUAUAGUUGGUAAUGAUGGAAAUCCUAUAAAAACAAAUCCUGAACUGCAUAUAUCUGUGCAGUUUAAGCCUAUAGAGAACAACCUUUUAUAUAAAGAUGGAUUUGGUGGUGCUCCUGAUUAUGUUGGCGUGCCUAAUGCCUACUUCCCACUUCAUAAAGGAGGGAGCGUCACCCUAUAUCAAGAUGCUCAUGUUCCAGAUAAUUUGCUCCCUAAAAUUCCACUUGACGAGGGAAAGAUUUUUGAGCAGCAGAAAUGUUGGGAAGAUAUUUGUCAUGCAAUCUUGGAAGCUCAUCACUUGAUCUAUAUAGUUGGUUGGUCCAUUUAUCACCCAGUGAAGCUUGUAAGGGAACCCACAAAACCAUUGCCUGCUGGAGGGGAGUUAUCUCUUGGAGACUUGUUGAAGUACAAAUCUCAGGAAGGAGUUCGUGUGCUCAUGUUGAUUUGGGAUGAUAAGACCUCACAUGACAAAUUCUUUUUGAAAACGGAUGGGGUGAUGCAUACUCAUGAUGAAGAAGCCCGAAAAUUUUUCAGGCGUUCCAGUGUCCAAUGUGUGCUAGCUCCUCGCUAUGCAAGCAAUAAACUAAGCAUCUUUAAGCAACAGGUUGUAGGAACUUUAUUUACCCACCACCAAAAGUGUGUACUUGUCGACACCCAAGCUCCAGGAAACAAUCGGAAAAUUACUGCUUUUAUUGGUGGACUGGAUCUAUGCGAUGGAAGAUAUGACACACCUGAACACAGGCUCUUUGGUGAUCUUGAUAGUGUUUUUGCCAAUGAUUUUCACAAUCCUACAUUUCCAAUCAACAGCCGAGGCCCAAGGCAACCCUGGCAUGAUUUACAUUGCAGAAUUGAUGGCCCUGCUGCAUAUGACAUACUGACAAAUUUUGAACAACGAUGGAGGAAAGCUAUUAAAUGGAGAGAUUUCAAGUUCAGGAAAGUCAGACACUGGAAUGAUGAUUGUUUGAUAAAACUUGAUCGUAUUUCCUGGAUUAAGACACCAUAUAAAGAUGAUUGUGAUGCAUAUGUUAACAGUGAAGAUGAUCCUGAAAAUUGGCAUGUACAGAUUUUUCGCUCAAUCGACUCGGGAUCUGUAAGAGGUUUCCCAAAAGUAGUUCAGGAAGCUGAGUCCAAGAAUCUUGUCUGUGCAAAGAAUUUGAAAAUAGACAAGAGCAUACACAGUGCUUAUGUGAAGGCCAUAAGAUCUGCACAACAUUUUAUAUACAUCGAGAACCAGUAUUUUCUUGGAUCAUCAUAUUAUUGGCCAUCAUACAAAAAUGCAGGUGCAGAUAAUUUGAUACCCAUGGAGUUGGCCUUGAAGAUUGUGAGCAAGAUUAAAGCAAAAGAACACUUUUCAGUGUAUAUUGUCGUGCCGUUAUGGCCUGAAGGCAUUCCAACUGGUGCAGCCGUGCAGGAAAUUCUAUUUUGGCAGGCUCAAACAAUGGCUAUGAUGUACAGAAUUAUUGCUCAGGCACUUGAAAAAUCUGGCCAAUCUGAAAAAUACCACCCUCAAGAUUAUUUGAAUUUUUAUUGUCUUGGAAAGCGUGAGCCUUUGCCGUCGCCAAUUAAAAAGUCAUCUGCAGGUCACAAUGCAGAUAGCAGUGGGCUGCGCAUGGCACAGAAGUAUCGCAGAUUCAUGAUAUAUGUGCAUGCUAAAGGGAUGAUAGUUGACGAUGAAUAUGUGAUCAUUGGAUCUGCCAAUAUCAAUCAAAGAUCAAUGGAUGGUUCAAGAGAUACCGAGAUAGCAAUGGGAGCAUAUCAACCAAAGCACAUGUGGGCAGGAAAAAACAGCCAUCCACAUGGACAGGUCUAUGGAUAUAGAAUGUCACUCUGGGCUGAGCACUUGGGCAAAUUAGAGGACUGUUUCUGCGAACCGGGAAGUCUGGAAUGUGUCAAACGAGUAAACCAAUUAGCAGAAACUAAUUGGCAAUCUUUUGUGUCGUCGGAGUACAAAGAAAUGCACGGGCACCUGAUGAAGUACCCGAUCCAAGUUCGGAGUGAUGGUAGUAUUAGCUCUUUACCUGGGCAUGAAUGCUUUCCAGAUGUGGGUGGAAAAGUUCUUGGUGCACACUCCACUCUGCCUGAUACUCUCACAACAUGAAAAGGGUGUUCCAUGGAGCUUAAAAGGAAUUAUCAGCUAAUGCAAAAUUAGAUCAGAAACAAUUCUCACAAUCAUCAUGUAUAUCAUGUGUUUUUUUUCUGACUCACAUGCUUAGAGACAUGUUAAUUCCAGGCCAAUGCUAUUCAAAAGAGGGUGGAGGGUUCAACUCCAAUACAAUUGAAGCUUUGAAAGCUUGAGCUUGCUAUUGUGCUUCUUACUGUGAAUUGUACAUCUUUAUCAA